AUGUCUUCCCAGAUCUACCAUGCCAUUGCGCGUCGCAAACUCAAUACACUUCAAUCUCUCAUCCCCAAAAAUUGGCUCCUUGACCCGCUUCCCGAACCCCUCCCACUCGACGUCCGCCCCCUUGUUCCGAAAAGCACUGUCCUGACACCAGACGAACUCUCCAUAACUUCUUCGCACGAUGUAACCUCGCUUUCUCAACUUAUCCAUUCUCGGGCGCUCACAUCUGAAGCUAUAACCACCGCUUUCUGCAAGCGCGCCGCCAUCGCUCAACAGCUCACCAACUGCCUCUCGGAAAUCCUCUUCCUACCGGCUAUCGAGCGAGCACAAGCUCUGGAUGCUGAAUAUAAACGUACUGGCAAGACACGAGGGCCGCUACAUGGGAUACCAAUCUCUCUCAAGGAUACGUACAACAUCAAAGGGUAUGAUUCUUCUAUCGGCAUGGCAAGUCUCGCGGAGAAUCCUGCAAAGGAGAAUGCCGCGUUGGUGGAUAUACUUCUUGAGCAGGGAGCAGUACUAUACUGCAAGACCAACGUCUCGCAAACUCUCAUGGCCUUGGAUUCCCAUAACCAUCUUUUUGGGCGGGUUAUGAACCCACGGAACAGGCGGGUCACAGCGGGUGGAAGUAGCGGUGGUGAAGGGGCCUUGGUUGCCAUGAGAGGCAGUGUUUUGGGUAUCGGCACUGAUAUUGGAGGCUCGGUACGCAUACCUGCCAUGUGUAAUGGUCUCUACAGUAUCAAACCGAGUUCGCAAAGACUUCCUUUCAUGGGCCAAGAAAUUGGACAGCUGCCUGGUAUAGAUAAACUGGGUUUGCAAGCUAGUGCGGGACUUAUGACGACGAGUGUCAGAGACUGCGAGCUGUUUCUGAAAGCGAUUGCGGAUGCUAAUCCGUGGGAGAAAGAUCCGAAUGUCGCUUUCGGAUCGUGGGAAGGACAAGGGGAGAUUAGAAGGAAACCCUUGUUUGGAGUUCUGAGAGCUGACGGUAUUACAACGCCACUACCGCCUGUUGCCAAGGUCCUCUAUGAAACGGUAGAAGCUCUUCGCACAGCGGGUUUCGAAGUUGUUGAGAUCAAUGCUCCAGGGUUCAAGAAAUACCACUCACUGGCCAACUCGUUUUUCGGUAUGGGGGGGUUCAACCAUACAUUCGAUUUACUUGAGAGAACCGGGGAACCUUUGAUUCCUUGGCUUGACACAAGGUUGAGAAGGAAGAGUCCUGCAGAUUUGAUGCAGCUUAGCGAAUUACAUGUCAGAAAAUCGACGUUGGAGAAGGAAAUGUUGGGAAUCUGGAGGGACGAGAAGGGGAGAAUGAUCGACGCGUUGAUCUGUCCAGUAGCUCCCCAUCCAGUGCCAGAGAUUGACAGGUGGAAUGGUGUUGGUUAUACAAGUGCAUUUGUGGUAUUGGACUAUCCGGCUGGAACACUGCCAGUCAGGGACGUCUCAAAUGACGAUCUAAUGGACGAACUGCCUGAAUCAGAUGUCCUUGGAGGUUGGGAUUCGAGAAACAGGGAUUUGUGUAAGCUCUCUUCCUUCGUCUCCCCUAUUAUCCUGUCUUGCACGCCACUCUUACAUGUUUUAAACACCUGGUUCCCGCUCCCUUCCGGCGUGGAAGCAGUGGUAAAUCCUGUUUUGCAAGAUUAUACUGAUCCAUCCAAAACAGGGCACCCAAACACCAAUGAUAGGAGUGUAUAUUUGAACACGAAGUUAUCAGUUCAAGUUGUAGCUCCCCGGUUGCAGGAGAGAAGGCUUUAUCAAGCGAUGGCACUUAUUGAUGAGGUCUUACAUGGUGCGAGCUCGGAAAGUCCAUAG